CGUCGCCCGGCCCCGGUGCCGGCAGCGGCCCGCCCCGCGCGGCGGCAGGCGAGGGGCGGGACCGGCAACACGCGAGGGGCUGUCCCGCCGCCGGCUCCACUGUCGCUCCGGACGUGGCCGCUGCUCUGACCGCCGCUCCUUUGACCGCCACUGCUCCCACGGCCGCUGCUCCCACCGCCGCUGCUCGCCUGCCGCUGCCGCCGCCAUGAGCGCGGACCCCGUCGUCUUCGUCUCUGCCGCCAGGACCGCCGUCGGCUCCUUCAACGGCGGCCUGUCGGCGCUGCCGGCACACGAGCUGGGGGCGGCCGCCAUCCGGGAGGUGCUGCGGCGGGCCGGGCUGCGCCCCGAGGAGGUGUCGGAGGUGAUCCUGGGCCAGGUCCUCACCGCAGACAGAAGAAAAAUAGAUCCCGUUCCUGCAGGUGCUGGCCAGAACCCCGUCCGGCAGGCGAGCGUUGCCGCGGGGAUCCCUUACUCUGUGCCCGCUUGGAGCUGCCAGAUGAUCUGCGGGUCGGGCUUGAAGGCCGUGUGUCUGGCUGCUCAGUCCAUCCUGACAGGAGACUCCAGCAUCGUGGUCGCAGGAGGCAUGGAAAGUAUGAGCAAGGCUCCUCAUGUCAUUCACAUGCGAGCUGGGGUAAAAAUGGGAGAGGCUUCUUUGCAAGACACUAUAAUCUUUGAUGGCCUUACAGAUGCUUUUUAUCAGUAUCAUAUGGGUAUAACAGCUGAAAAUGUGGCCAAUCAGUGGCAAGUCAGCAGAGGGGAACAAGACCAACUUGCAGUACAGUCCCAAAACAGGGCAGAGGCAGCCCAGAAAGCAGGCUAUUUUACAAAAGAAAUCGUUCCUGUUCUUGUACCUUCUAAAAAAGGUCCUAUAGAAGUUAAAACAGACGAACACCCUCGACAUGGGAGCAACUUGGAAACAGUGGCAAAGUUAAAGCCCUGUUUCCUGACAGACGGAACUGGGACAGUAACAGCAGCUAAUGCCUCAGGUAUAAAUGAUGGAGCUGCAGCUGUAAUUCUAAUGAAGAAAUCGGAAGCUGCUAGGAGAGGUCUUAUGCCUUUGGCUCGGAUUGUAUCUUGGGCUCAGACAGGUGUAGAUCCAUCUGUAAUGGGAGUAGCGCCCAUUUCAGCAAUAAGGAAAGCUAUUGACAAAGCCAGCUGGACUCUGGAACAAGUUGACCUGUUUGAAAUUAAUGAAGCCUUUGCAUCACUGUCUAUUGCAAUAGCAAAGGAACUGAAAGUAAAUCCGGAAAAGAUUAACAUCCAAGGUGGAGCUAUUGCUCUUGGCCACCCUCUUGGUGCCUCUGGUUGCCGCAUCCUUGUUACUCUUCUACAUGCACUGGAACGAACAGGUGGAAAACGUGGUGUUGCUGCUCUCUGCAUAGGAGGAGGAAUGGGAAUAGCCAUGUGUGUUGAGAGAUGAACGUGAAUGAACGAAUGACUACUGCUAACUAGCUUUGGAACAGUUUACUAAUAAACUUCUAUUAAUGGA